AUGCCGCUACGUCCCGCAUUGUCGCAUAUGGAUGUUAAUGGUUUGGACAACCAUGUAUUCGCCUGGAAAGAUUAUCAACCGAAUAUAAAUUCAGAUAUUCGGUUUAAGUUUACAAGUAAUCCGGUUAUUAUAAUUGUCAAGAUAUUUGAACUUUCCUCAUUAUAUGAUGAAGAAUCAUGUAAACUUAUAUCAGGAUCUUGUAAACCCGAUUUACUCUAUUUUGACCUGUGA